AUGGCGUCACGAACAUCGGCUUUUGACCUCUCCAAAUGCGCGCGCAAGAACAUCUUGAAAUUGCAGCCCUACCGUUGCGCUAGAGAUGACUACAAGGACGACGGGACAAAUGUACUGCUCGACGCUAACGAGAACGCCUUCGGUCCGGGUCUCGCACUGAAUGCCGAAGGUGCUCUCCAAGACUCAGCCGCCAAUGGCAACUCAACGGGGUCAUCCAAGCCGGACAUCGAUCUCUUGGGAUUAAACCGAUACCCUGACCCCCACCAGCACCCCCUCAAACAACUCUUCUGCAACCUCCGCAACACCCACACCCACACAGACAAGAACAUCGGCCCAGAGAACCUCUUCGUCGGCGUCGGCUCCGACGAAGCCAUCGACGCUCUCCUGCGCGCCUUCUGCAACCCCGGCAAGGACAAGAUUCUCACAUGCCCCCCAACAUACGGCAUGUACUCCGUCAGCGCGGACGUCAACGACGUCGAGAUCGUCAAGGUCCCGCUCGACACGGAAAACGGAUUCGCGCUCCAGCCCGAGAAGAUCAACGCCGCUCUCUCCGCCGACCCCUCAAUCAAGCUCGUCUACAUCUGCUCACCAGGCAACCCCACCGCGAACCUGGUCGCCAAGGCCGACGUCCAGAAGGUCCUCGAGCACCCGACGUGGAACGGCGUCGUCGUCCUCGACGAGGCCUACAUUGAUUUCGCGCCAGAGGGCUCCAGUCUUGCGGAGUGGGUCGCCGAAUGGCCCAAUCUCGUCGUUAUGCAGACUCUCAGCAAGGCGUUUGGACUCGCAGGCAUCCGGCUAGGCGUUGCGUUCACGAGCCCUGAAAUCGCGACCCUCCUCAACAGCCUCAAGGCCCCCUACAACAUCUCCAGCCCGACCAGCGCGCUCGCGACGGCGGCCCUCGGAAACCCCAAGAACCUCGAGGUCAUGCGCACCUACCGCUCGAGGAUCAUCACACAGCGCGACCGAAUCCUUAAGGAACUUCCCACCGUCCCUGGGAUCGGACGCUUCCGCGGUGGUACGGAGUCGAACUUCCUUCUGGUUGAGGUCCUUGAUAAGCCCGCGGAUCAGGGCGGGAAGCCCAGUAACACCAUUGCCCUUGCGGCGUACGAGGCUAUGGCGGAGAAGCGUGGCGUCGUGGUGCGGUUCCGCGGAAAGGAGCUGGGCUGUGAGGGUUGCUUGAGGAUUACGGUUGGCACAGAGGAGGAGGUUACGAGGUUCCUGGAAGAGAUAAGGGCUGUUCUCGGUGCGUUGCUUAACGGCGGUGAAAUCGCGUCGAAGAAGUGA